AUGUUUUUUUGUUUUGCAUUUAACCUCUACUUUAUUCGCUUGCUCUCAUAUUCUACAAGUACCAUUUUUAUCUUAAACUCAUUUCCUCAUUUUCAAUCUUUAUCUUCUGUAUAUACAAAGAUCACCCUGAGUUCUCUUGAUAGAGAAAUUUCUCCUGAUGGAUCUCCUUUUGACACUUGUCUUUAUGAUGAUAAUGCUAUGAGUGAUCAUGUAGUCAAUUCAGCGCCCGCUCCCUUCGUGGUAGUCGGGGAUUCACCUCUUCCUAUUUUGACUUCAUCAGAUGUGGAGAUUCAAAGAGUGCCUGUGUACUCGAUUAUUUUUGCGGGUGCCCUUGACUGGAUUCAAAGAGAAGUUGUUAAGGUGUUUAAAGAUUGCUCCCUCGCAGCUUUGCCCAAGUGA